AUGGCGACCGUAGCAGCGGGCAAAGAGGAAGCCGAGAUCGAAGUCUUGAAGAAAGAAUUGGAGUGGUUGCUUCGAGAGGAGGUGCAUCCGGUGCUACAGGACAUCAGGGAAACAUUACAGGAAUGCUAUAAUUGUUUGCCAUUCCAGGGGACUGCAGACAAGGGCCCCCAACACGAAGACAUCCAGCCACAGAGAAUUCUCCUGACACCUCCCAAUGGAACAAGUCUGAACCUCAAGAGUGUUGUCACCCUCAGAGGAGAUUGUAUACAGGCAGCAGACAUUCAGUUCAAACACAAGCAGGGAAAAGAGCACCAUAUGUUUAAGACAAGCUUCAAGCCAGGGUCAUUUUGGAAAUUGUUGCAGGUUCGUGAUGCAGGGAACCACUUAUGUAACGCCCUAGAGAUUGCAUCCAAACAUGACUCAUCGUACGAGUAUAGAUCUGUGAGGGAGGUUUUCUUGUUACUUGAUGAGCUGAUGGAGAGUUUAAUGAACUGCCGACAAUGCCUUUCCCUGCCCAAACGUAAAACUCUCCAAGAUCUACUGGAAAAUCAAAACUUGCAAAUGUUCAACCCGCCGCUGCCCAGCGAUGUUGCCAUCUCCUUCUACAUCCACACAUCGAAGUUGGUUCUUGCCCUCUACUGCCUGCACCAAAACAACCAGCACAAGGUGGAGAUCACUCACAGAGUUCAGAUAGAAGCUGCGGUGAAGUGGCUGAACGAAGCUAUCAUCUUCUUCACCUUGUCCCUACAGCAGUGUCAACAGUUGAAGGACAAGUUGCUGGCUGUGUCAAAGAUCUUGGAGCAUCCCUGA